CCGAGGUAACUGGUAGGCGUUCCGUUUGAAGGCGUAAAAAGGGCGCCGCUCGAGCCGGCGGAGGGGAAUAGACGAAGAACUCUCGAGUUUUCGCCGACGUCGCUGCUUUUCUUGCCUCCGUUUCUCCCUAAAGCUAAGAAAAGAGAAGAGGUGAAAGAGGACGACCUCUGCGAUGGCCUUCUCGUCUCUUCUCAGAUCUGCAACUCCGGCGCUUGGUGGAUCUAACGAUCGCUUCAUCGCUCUCUCCGGAAGUCCUAGCAAAUCUUCCUUCAAGGUAUCUUGUAGUCGGAGUUCUAAAUCGUCAGACAGCAUUUCGAGUAUUUUCGGUUCUUCACUUCCUUCGGGGGAGGUGUGCUCGUUAAAGAAAUCUGGUGCGAGAAGAAAUCAGCCUAUCGAGGCCACGGCAACUGAGGCCCCUCCUUACGUUAAAAGCUCUUCGAGUGGUGGCAAGACAAAAGUUGGCAUUAAUGGCUUUGGGCGUAUUGGAAGACUUGUAUUGCGUAUUGCCAUUACCAGAGAUGAUAUUGAAGUAGUAGCUGUAAAUGAUCCAUUCAUUGACGCUAAGUAUAUGGCAUAUAUGUUUAACUAUGACUCAACACAUGGCAUAUUCAAGGGAACAAUUAAGGUUGUGGAUACUUCCACCUUAGAGAUCAAUGGGAAAACAAUUGCAGUUACAAACAAAAGAGAUCCUGCUGAAAUUCCAUGGGGUGAUUUUGGUGCCCAAUUUGUUGUUGAAUCUUCUGGUGUGUUUACAACAAUGGAUAAAGCAUCAGCUCAUCUGAAGGCUGGUGCCAAUAAAGUAGUUAUAUCAGCCCCAUCUGCUGAUGCUCCUAUGUUUGUCAUGGGAGUGAAUGAGAAGAAUUACACACCAAACAUGGAUAUUGUUUCUAAUGCAAGCUGCACAACAAACUGUCUUGCUCCUCUUGCCAAGGUGGUACACGAGGAGUUUGGCAUUGUGGAGGGCCUUAUGACAACUGUUCAUGCAACCACAGCAACACAGAAGACAGUUGAUGGCCCUUCAAAUAAAGACUGGCGAGGGGGGCGUGGUGCUGGCCAAAAUAUUAUCCCUAGCUCAACUGGUGCAGCAAAGGCUGUUGGAAAAGUGCUUCCUGAGCUAAAUGGGAGGUUGACUGGGAUGGCUUUUAGAGUUCCCACACCCAAUGUUUCUGUCGUGGAUUUAACUUGUUGGCUUCAGAAAAGUGCUUCAUAUGAGGAUGUGAAGGCAGCAAUUAAAUAUGCAUCAGAAGGUCCACUUAAAGGCAUACUUGGAUACACAGAUGAGGAUGUAGUUUCUAAUGAUUUUGUAGGUGAUUCAAGGUCAAGCAUUUUUGAUGCCAAGGCUGGAAUUGGACUAAGUACGUCUUUUAUGAAACUCGUUUCAUGGUAUGACAACGAGUGGGGCUACAGCAACCGAGUGCUGGACCUAAUAGAGCAUAUGGCCCUGGUGAAUGCAAAAGCAAAAUACUAAAAUGUGCUAUCCAACCCGGACGUAUAGAGAUGCUGCUGCUAAUUCAAUUUUUUUACAAUAUAUAUGGACCAAGCACCCCAUUUGUUUGUGUUGAUGUUAAAUACUCAAAUAUAUUCUUUCUGAUAGUUCAAUGUACUUUCCUUGUGUAAGUAUUCUUAAAAUAUUAGUUGCUAUGUUUAAACAAAACUUUUGAUAUCAGCAAAUUCACAGAUCGAAUUGUUUACUCAAAUAAUGCAAUGUAGUUGUUUUGUUAGAGCCUUCA